ACUCAGCUCAAGCAUCCACCACCAUCUCCCUCAGCUCUCUCAUCUCUCUGUUUAGUUAGUCCAGCUCCAGUAGUUGUAGUGCUGCCGACAGUCCAUCUCCGAUCUCCCUUAGCAGUCAGCUCCAGCAGUGCCGCCACCACCAUCUCCAGUCUCCCUCAGCUCUCUCAGCCGAUUCUUCUUCACAGCCGCGGCCACCACCGAAGGUAAAUUAUGGCUGAAGCUAGUGGUUCGACAAUUGGAAGCACUCCACAUGACAAGGAUCAAUCAUCAUCAACACCUUUUAGCGACAAUUCGACUCCAAUUAGUACUCCUCAAGAAAUACCUAGUCAAGAAGAUAUAAAUCAAACUUCGAUAGAGGUAUGUGACGAGGAUAGUAGUCAAGUAAUUGGAAAAAGAAAAUUGAUUUCGGUUGUGUGGAAUCAUUUUAAAAAGGUAAAGAUAGAUGGGGUGGAUAAGGCCGUAUGUAACUAUUGUAGUAAGAAACUAGGAGGAGGGAGUAGAAAUGGAACAAGACAUUUGCAUGAUCAUUUUAAAAGGUGUCCUCUUCGAACACAAAAGGAUAUUAGGCAAGCAAUUUUGAAUCCUACUACAGAUGUCGGUGGGAAAGUUAAAGUUGGUACAUAUACGUUUGACCAAGAGAAUGCCAGAAAAGAGCUUGCAAACAUGAUUGUUUUGCAUGAAUACCCUCUUUCAAUAGUUGAACAUUAUGGGUUUAGGAGGUUUAUAAAUACGGUUCAACCAUUGUUUAAAGCGGUUUCUCGUAAUACAAUUAGAAAUGAUAUUUUUAAAUUAUAUGAUUACGAAAAAUCCAAAACAAUGGAGUUGUUAGAGAAGAAUUAUGGUAGAGUUGCAAUUACUACGGAUAUGUGGACAUCUAACCAAAAUAGAGGAUUCAUGGCUAUUACGGCACAUUUCAUUGAUGAUGGUUGGAUACUUCAAAGUCGAAUUAUAAGGUACUUUAUAAGUUUAUAUAUUAAAUUUCAUAUUUAUUGGAUUGUUUUAUGUAUUUAGUUUAUUAUAACUAUUUAUUAUUAUUAUUUUUUGUAGGUUUGUAUA